AUGGGCGCCUUCCGCACAGCAGUCAUCCUCGAAAUUCUCGCCAACAUCUCCUCCAUAAUCCCUCUAAUCCUCAACCCCGAUUUCGCCCUCUCCUUCCUUGUCACAGGUCCCUCACAAAUCACACCCGCAACCCGAACUCUCGCACGAUACUUUGGUGGUUUCGUAGCAACCAUAACUGUGCCUCUACUGCUCUCCAUACCAACGCCGGCUCCAGGGCCGGCAGGAGAAGCUCAACGAGGCACACGGCGGACAACGUAUCUCACUCUUGGAGCUGGGGAGGUAGCGCUGGGUGGAUUGAUGGCUUGGGCGUAUGCCACGGGAGCGGAUAGUGGAAUGACAGAUAUGGCUUUGUUGGGAGGAGCAAUGAAUCUGGGAGCUUUUCUCAUCAUGCGAUAUGUGUUCCUAUUUGGCAAGCCGGAGUUGUUGGAGGAGAGGGGAGUGAAGAAGACUGCUUGA